UCUGUCCUGUGCUUUCUUCCUCGUUUGGUGCCCUAAAACUGCGCAAGUCUCAAAUUCCUAUCUCAGCUUAAAGAUGGAGUAUCCAUGGCGUCCCAUGCCACAAACUGGCAAUUUGUGCCCAAUCUGCUCGAAUCCGCAUUACCCAUUCUGCCCACCCCCUCCUACACAGUACUACAGACCUCCGCCGCCACCUCCCGAUCAAUUCUUCCACAGUCCCCUGCCGCCGCCGCCGCCGGCGGCGGCCCAAACUCCGUCGGCAACACCGUAUGAUCCGUUCGUUGACCACCAAGGUGGUCCCGCAUCUAAUCACUAUCCACCUCCCCCCGCCCAGAUUCCUCCUCGGCCAUGGAACCCUAACCCUAACUACAGUUACGAAGAUUCAAAUCCUGGAUUGGAUUACAACAGCAAUGUUCCGGUGGGCGCCAAAAGAAUGCGGUUUGACAAUGUGUAUGAGAACUAUGCGGCUAGGCCUUUGGCUGAGGACGAGAGGCGAUUGAAGUUGAUACGCGAUCAUGGAGCUGUGGGCCAGGGUUUGGAUAUGAACCACAGUGGAGGUUAUAGGUUACCCAGUCAUUCUUCCGGGCAGAGCAAUUUCGGUGAGAACAGAAGUCCUGGAGAUCUGUAUGGAGAAAGACAAUAUGCAUAUCUAGAUGUUGAAAAAGGCAGAAAUGUGUGUUUAGGUCACAUGAUGCAGAAUCAGGGGUAUGGAUACAAUAUACGUGAAACCCACACAUACACAAGUUUCAGACCGGCGAAUGGAGUUCAGUUGGAUGAUAAAGCAGCCCAUCAAGAACAGAGACAAAAUGUUGCUACCGAAAGUUGGGAGUUAAAAAAUCAGUUUAGUCAGUUUCCAGAGACACAUUCAAACAAGCAACAUGCAAUGGAGCCUAGACUCGGCCCAUAUGCCGUAGCUAAUCAGGUGCAGCCUCCACUACCGAUUUCCCCGCCACCGCCGCCACCACCACCACCACUUCCUGUAGAGCUGCCAAGGUUUCAAUUCGCAGAGCACGUUGUUUCAUCUUCAUCCCCCUUUCAGUCUCCAUUUACAAAGGAAAUUCAUACCGUUACGAUGGCCUCGUCCAGUGAAAAGCCUUAUAGGGAUCUCUUACUGGAUAAGCCCAAAGUUAUUGAUGCUUCUCACAUUUUAAAGCAUCCACAUCGUUCUAACCGCCCAGAUCAUAUCGUCAUUAUCCUACGAGGACUUCCAGGGAGUGGCAAGAGCUACUUGGCAAAGUUUUUGCGUGAUCUUGAGGUUGAAAAUGGUGGCACUGUUCCGCGGGUCUAUUCCAUGGAUGAAUAUUUUAUGACUGAGGUUGAAAAGGUUGAGGAGAGUGAGGGGCCGAGAUCUUCUGGUUCAGUGAGAGGGAAAAAAACAGUUACAAAGAAGGUUAUGGAGUACUGUUACGAACCUGAGAUGGAAGAGGCAUACAGGUCAAGCAUGUUGAAGGCAUUUAAGAAGACCCUUGUUGAAGGGGCGUUUCCUUUUGUGAUUGUGGAUGACCGCAAUCUGCGGGUAGCUGAUUUUACUCAGUUUUGGGCAACUGCAAAGAGGUCGGGGUAUGAAGUUUAUCUACUAGAAGCUGAAUACAAGGACCCAGCAGGCUGUGCUGCAAGGAAUGUUCAUGGUUUCACUCAAAACGAAAUUCAUGAGAUGGCUAGGCGAUGGGAAGAAGCCCCAUCUCUUUAUAUGAAGCUAGACAUCAAGUCGUUACUCCGUGGAGAUGACUUGGAGGAAAACGGGAUUCAAGAGGUUGACAUGGAUACAGAAGAUGACAAUCAUGUUGGUGGCACUUCUGGUUCCAUGGGAACAAAUGUAGAGAAAAUUGCAAGACCUUCGGAUGGCGAUCUUACCUGUGAAGCUCCAUUGAAAGACGAAGAGAAAACGGAUGAUGUACAAGAGCAUCAACUUGAGGUGGUGAAAGAACUUGGUAAGAGUAAAUGGUCGAAUGAUUUGGACGAGGAUGACCUCCAUAAGACUGAGACUACAAUGGGUAGUAAUUCAAUUGUGCUUUCUGGUUUAGUUAAACCAUACAGCAAGAAAGGUAAAUCUGUGCGUUGGGCGGAUCAGAUUGGAAGAAUCGGUUUCUCAAUCGGUGGUGGAAAAGCAGCGAAUGUGUCUUUAAUCAUUGGUGCCGGGUCCGGAUAUAACUCGAAAUCAAAUCCCCUGCCUGAAGAAGAGAAACUCGGCCAAAGAAAUGGAGAGUUAAGAAGGCGCAACGUAUUCCAAGAACGAUUACGUGCUGAGAGCGAGUCGUUCAGGGCCGUUUUUGAUAAAAGGAGACAGCGUAUAAGUGGGCUCCACGUGGAUUACCAAUGAGAGUUGUGUUCAGGGCCCUUCCUCAUUUUUUUUUUUGGGCAAUUUGCCGUGUUGUAAAUAGCAGCCCCAUGUUGUGAUUUGUUAUAGCGAAUGCGGAGAUAUAACUGCAGGUUGAGUGGCAAUGGGUGAGCGACAUUACUCUCGCUGCCCAACAUUUUUGUUCUUCUUUUUUUUUUUUCUUUAAUUAUUAUUAAAGAACACCACAAAACUGUACCCUCACUUGGACUCUAGUGAGCAUAGAGUGUAUUUUAUGUGAGAAAUUUGUGUGUAUCUUUUAUGUUGCUUGAAGCUAGACUGCUCUUUUGUUCUUUUGAGUUUUGACAUUGGCCGUCAUAUGAAGAUCUUGUUCGAAUUUUUGCAAGAUCAGG